UUCACUCAUGGAAGCCCGUGCCUCAUCCUUCCCGCAAUUCUUGAGGCGCCACCAGCUCCUGAAUCCUCUACCAUAUACUUACACGUGCCAUCCUCUUUGCGUCACCUGCUUAUCCUUAACCCAUCAGAGGAGAAGAGCCUUUAUAUAAACCAGCCAGACCUCAAAAACUGCGAAGAGAAGAGCCUCUAACCAUGGAAACACUUAUUUCUCCCACAAAAACACAACCUUUUUAUUCACCAAGUCCUCUCCCACAAACCAAACGCCAUCAAAGUUUUUCUGAUCCAUUGACUAGCUUGAGGUUCAAACUCAGAGAGAAUCCUAAUCAAGGUCUAUGUUUGGCCCACAGAUUGAAUCAUGUGGUGGCAGCUAGGUGUGGUAAUCGGGGUCCGUUGGCGGAGCUGGAAAGAGAUAUGGAGGCUGAAAUGAACCUAGAAGGGGAAGAUGAUUGGAUUGUGGAGAUUGGGAAGUUGAGAGAGGAAUGUGAAGAAAGCGAAGGAAUGGUGGAGCUGUUGGAAUGCUUGGAGAGAGAAGCAAUCAUGGGAGAUGAUGAGGGAAGAGACCCUACUGAUUACAACAGAAGAGCUCAGAUUUUUUACAAAAGUUCUCAAGUUUUCACUGCUCUAAAGGAACGUACCACACUCUCUCAUGGCCAAUCAUGAAUCCGGACUUGUGAUUUUGUAAUCAUGGUCAUUGCUAUACUAUGAUGAUGUUGUUAUGCAUGUUUUAACUCAUGAAUGAUGUCCUGUCCCUAUUAUUUCGAAUCAACAGAACCUCUGUCAAAGAAUAA